CUACUCGCUAAACCCACAGUGCUGCUCGAUGCUGUUAGAACCUCUCCCAGCACUCCACACCACGUCCUACCCAUCCUAUAAUACGACCUAAUCUAACCAAGCUACCACAGGGGGGGCUUCUGUGUCCUAACCGCCCGCCUCACGAAGUACUUGCCCACCCAAACCCAUCAUGACGCAAGUUGUCGUAGUGUCAAGAGUUCGGGCCGUACCCAAGAACAGGCCGCUAGCGUUCGUAGGUCUCUCCUUGUUGAUGGCUAUCGUGGCUGGCAUCAACCUGGGCGUCGGCACCAACAUUUCCUGCUACAAUGACUACUACUGUGACUACCGCAGAAGGGCGUACAUCAUCUCCGGCUCCUGCUUCGUUGUUUCUGCAGUCUGCUUCCUGAUCGCGGCCAUCUCCCUACACAUGAAGAUAAAGAAGGCAGAGAGGAUGAAUGCGACCAACCCACCCCGACCACCUGUCACUGUCGCUGCCUACCCUUCCCAGCCUGUUGCCGCCUACCCAGCCAUGCAGACGCAGUACCCACCACCAUACCCGCCACCAGGAACGACCACCUACACGCUGGGUUCGCCCGGGGUUCAGUACCAAGCGCCUAUCGGGUUCAGUGUCGCCCAGCAGCCCACUCAAAGUGUUACUCAAGGGGUUAGCCAGCCCCCGGCGUACGCUCCAUAGUGAAUACGUGCUGUCCACCCCUCUGAUCACACACACACACACACACACACACACACACACACAGUAAGGUUAAGGUGUUUCAUGUUUUAUUAUUAUUAGAUUUAAGGGUUUGUUUGUGUUUUGUUUACUAUUGAAAUUAAUAAUAUACUUCUCUCUCUCUCUCUCUCUCUCUCUCUCUCUCUCUCUCUCUCUCUCUCUCUCUCUCUCUCUCUCU